AUGAGUGAAACAAAAUCAAAGGAGAGCCAACAAAAAUAGAAUUUAAUAAUGAUAGGAGGACAAUACGCAUUGAAAAGCUGUAUCUAUAGAGGGAGAGUCCACAAUCUGUAUUUGGCGAUAAACAAAUAGCAACCUGGAAAUUACUUCAUUGUGCGAUUAGUAAUGUAAAUAAGAGCUAACACAAACAUAGAUAGCAUUUAAGAGGAAGAGAAGCUGUUAAAGAAAUUGAAUGUUGUGACAUUCAUGCCUACAGUAUUGGCAUCGGGAGAUGUGAGACUGCAGAAUACAAAUUACUAUUAUUAAGUAUUUGACAAAUAUGGACCAAGUCUGAAAUUAUGCUUCUAAUUUGCUAAUAAGAACUUUACUCUAGGAACUAUUUGUAUGAUAGGCAUAUAGUUGCUCAACAUAUUGGAGAAGAUGCAUAGUCAAUUCAUAGUCCAUCGCAACUUAAAGCCUAAGAAGAUUUUGACUAUCCCUGGCAAAAAUGAUUUUGUCUUAAUUGAUUUCUAACAAUGUGUUAAAUUCAAGCAUAAAAAUGGGAAAUACAUAGGUUCAGGAUCCAAAUUCUCUAAUUAAACUAAAUUAACUAAAUUUUCAAGUUUAAAUCAGCAUUUAGGAUUGACUGCCUCCCCAAAGGAUGACUUGGAAUCUUUAGGGUUUAUACUAAUGUACUUCUUAAAGAAUGGAGACAUGUUCAAAGUCAAAGAAACAGGAUCUAAAAGUAAACAAAUGGAAGAAUAAAAGUUGCGAAUGAUUCCAGAAAAAUUUUGUAAAGAUAUGCCAAUCGAAUUCCUGCAGUAUUUUCAAUUUGUUAGGUUGACAAACGUAUAACAAUAUCCAUUAAGUGAUUAUGAAUUCUUGAAGAAACUAUUUAAAAACAUACUCCAACAACUCAAUAUCAAUGAAAAAGACUUCUAAUAUGAUUGGUUGAAAAAGAUGAAUUUGUAAUCUCAGAACUAAUAAUAACCCAAAGAGGAAGUACAAACGAAGAUAGUGAUCCAUGAUCCCUCAAACUUAGAAGGAAUCCAAGAGGUUUAAACAGAAUUGGAAAAGUCUUCAUUCAAAAGAGAUCAAUUUAGUAAAUCAUCAUCUUUUUGCAUUAACGAUGAAGAUGACACACAAUUUGAGAGUGUGAGUAACAAGAUGAUACGACUUCCAAAUAUGUAUGAUUUGAUUAAACUAAAGCAUUGA